AUGUAAGUAUAAACCUCACCACCAUCUUCCUAAUAAUAAACAUUAACCUUAUUUAAUGGAAACCGCGAAAUAAGCCUUUCAGAAAUCCGAAAUUCUAUUCCCUCUCAUCUUUUUAUCAAAUAUGAAUCAAAAUUUUUAGUUUCAGUCUUAUAUUCACUUUCUUCUACUUUGGUUUUAGCUUACUUAGCCCAAACAUUUAUACCUCUCUCAGUUUUCUACCUACCUUUAUGGAUUUUAUAUGCAAUUAUAACCGGAACAGUAGCUACAGGACUAUGGGUACUAGGACAUGAAUGCGGCCAUAAUGCAUUUUCAGAACACAAAUGGGCAAAUGAUAUUCUAGGUUAUAUAAUUCAUACAGCAUUAUUAGUUCCUUAUUUUUCCUGGUAAUGGUCCCAUCAUGUCCAUCAUUCAAAAUGCAAUCAUUUAACCGAAGGAGAGACUCAUGUCCCUAGAGUAAAAGGAGAUAAAUGUCUUGAAUGGAGAAAAAAAUUAAAAGAGAUUAUUGGAGUAGAAUCUUUCUCUAUAUUAUAAAUAAUAAGUAUUGCUUUAGUUGGAUGGCCUUUAUAUUUAAUUAUAGGAGCCACAGGAGGUCCAGCAAGAGGCUCAACUAGUCAUUUUUUUGUCCCUAAUAAUCUUUUUCCUAAAGAUAAAUUACUAAAAGUCCAUUUUUCAAAUUUGGGUUUGAUUUUUGUAUUUUAUUUACUCUAUUUAUGGGCUAGAGCUACUUCUUUUACAUAUGUAAUUGCAAUCUAUUUUGGACCUUAUUUAAUUGUUAAUAGUUGGUUAACUAUAAUUACUUAUCUUUAACAUUCAGAAGAAAAUGUACCUCAUUAUGAUAAUAAAGCUUGGAAUUGGUUAAAAGGAGCUGUUUCUACUAUUGAUAGAAAUUAUCCAGAAUAUAUAAAUGCUUUACAUUUUGAAAUCGGAUCUACUCAUGUAGUACAUCAUUUAUUCCAUGAAAUACCUCAUUAUAGUGCUAGAGAAGCUAAUUUUUUUGUCAAAUAAAUUUUAGGAAAAGCUUAUUAUAAAGAUAAGAAAACUAUUUUUUAAGCACUUUUUGAUAUAGGAAAAUUAGAUUGUGUUACUGAAAAAGAAGAAGGAGUUUAUUAUUAUACAUAAUGA